GCUUCGUCGGUGACGUCACGCGGCGGUCUCGUUUACCGCCCGAAAUUCCACCCCCCACCCCCUCCACACCUCGCCUCAGAAACUCUGCCCCAACGCGGUAAUCGCCUCUACGAUUUAUAUGCUGCAAUUAACUUGCACACCGUGAGCGCGCGAAUUAAACGCAUCCACGUCGAAACACAAAGCGCCCAGGUGUUGUGUUGUGGGCGCCCGCGUUACGAUUGACCGCUCACGUGCGGCGGAAGUUUCCUCAUAAGAGAGAAACGCCAAUGGGCCCGCGUCGGGAAUCUUGAGGCGAGGGAGGAGGAUGUUCGUCUCCUUCACGAUCGACGAAAUGACAAGGGACGGAUAACAAACACCAAGGCAACAUGAAUUAACAUGACGGACGCAGGAACUUGUGAUGUUAUGACCCAGCGACCAUGUCGUGGAAGAAGCUGCGGAGAACCGGCGUGCCCGCGGAUGUGUGCGAGCGACUGUCCAAGCACAACAUCCACACAUGCCAGGACUUCUUGUCACUGUCCUCGGUGGAGCUGCUGCGCGUCACGGGCAAGAGCUAUGCCACGGUGCGGCAGCUCGCGAGGGUCGUGAGCCGGGCCUGCGCACCCCGCGUGAUUACCGCAUUGGAGAUGAGGGAUAGACCCAUGGCUGCAUUCUUUGCCACAUCCCUUCCUGCACUUGACAGGGAUUUACAAGGAGGCAUUCCCUGUGGCUCAAUCACUGAGGUCGCUGGCCCAUCCGGCUGUGGAAAAACGCAGUUCUGUAUGAUGCUGAGUGCUCUGGCUACAUUGCCAGCAUCCCUGGGUGGACUGGACGGGGGAGUCAUCUACAUCGACACUGAGUCGGCCUUCUCCGCAGAGAGGUUAGUGGAGAUUGCUCGAGGUCGUCACCCAGAGUAUUUCUGCACAGAUGAGCACGUCAUUGCCAUGACCAACCGUGUGCACAUAUACAGAGAGCUCACUACGCAGAGCGUCCUGAGCAGGCUGGAGAGUCUUGAAGAGGAGCUCAUAGCCAAGCGCGUACGUCUGUUGGUGCUGGACUCUGUUGCCUCGGUCCUGCGCAAGGAGAUCGACUUGCGGUUUCUUGCGGGGGUCGCUGAGCGAUCCGAGCUCCUCUCCCAUCAGGCUGCCUUGCUCAAGUAUCUUGCACAGGAGUUUUCUCUGCCGGUGGUGCUCACCAAUCAGAUUACAACGCGGUUCAAAGGUCGAGCUGGCUCUCAUGCAGUGAAUGAAGCUGGCGAGAAGGAGAUGUCUGGCGAUGGCUAUGUGACUGCAGCCCUGGGCAACACGUGGAGUCACUGUGUGAACACUCGACUCAUCAUGCAAUACCUGGACGAGCGGCGCCGGCAGAUUUUGAUAGUGAAAUCACCCCUGGCUUCCUAUUCUGGAUUUGUUUUCUCCAUUCAAGGCUCGGGACUUGUGUUGGAAGAUUCUGCGGAUGUCCCAACGGAUGCUUUGGAAGGAACCGAUCCAAGUCUCCAGCCAAUCAGAGUGCGCACCUCACUGGACUGUUGCUAUGACAUCUGACUAGCUUGAGCAGAACGAUGGAGACGGACGCCCUGCAGCACGAGGACACUGAUGGAGAUGGCUUGGAGCAUAGAGUUCAAUUUGAUCAAUUCUCAUCCUGGCUGGUAACUCUGUGAGGUGUCUGUCCCUAAGUAAUAUCACAAGUGAAAGUCAUUUUUAUUAGUAGGGAGUAAAUUAACACCUGAAAUAACUUAGUCAUCAUUAAAGUAUUGCUUUGUUAGUCUAGCAGUUUGGGGGCUGUAUUGCAGCGCUUAUUCAAAUACCAUACAUUGCUAAUAGGAUACAUUAUGACCAAUUACCAUUAUGCAUUGUGAUGGUGUGGCCUUAUUGGGCCAACUGUUAAUGCCCCUUGCUCGUACUUGACUUUAAAAAAGAACACCUUUACAGAAAUAGCACAAUCAUAGUUUUCUUUGUAAUUAACGAACAUACGCGAGAGAUGAUAUCGUCUCAAUGGACUGCUGUUUAGACACCAAGUGCCUCAGUAUGUUUACUCUCCACUCCCGCACGAUGAUCCCCCCAUGUGAAAACUGAUCGGGACACUGUUUUGGUAAAAAAAAAACUUUAUAUUAAAAAGACGUUUGGCAGAUGUUCACAGUGGAUGUGUCACUUCUGACUAGCUCAAGAGUAGUGUCACGAUUUGAAAUUGUUACAAAUAUAUUCAACAGAUUCAACAUUACAUCGUCCCAAGCCUGUAAGCGGCCAGCAAUCAAAGGGACAAAAUUAACCAAAAUAUGACUGUAACUGUUACCGCACACAACAUGUGCGCAAGGUCAGAAGGCACCUCUUGAUUGCCCCACUGUGGAUGUGACCUUUCAUAAUUCCGUAAGCCUGCCUUUGGAAACCACAUUCCCAUAGUAACAAAUCAGCGUGCACAUUCCCGUAAGCUGGCCCGCCGAAAGAUCAGGAGCUGUCAGUUUCAAGUAAAUGAUAACAUGAUACUGUAGAAUUACGGGAACGAGUUGUCAAGUCACUCUGCAGCUCGCACAAGCGUGGCCUCUCCCUAGAAGCCAUCGUCUCGUGCGGUUUAGGCUGCCAAUCGCUCUCACUCCAAAUAUAGUUAAUUGCAAACGCGGGUCUUAGCUCACGUCAGUGACGUCUUUGUUAAAAUAACACCCUUUGGCAAGUGUGACUGUUGCAGAUGCCAAUCCAUGUGCUACCCUGAAUUUUAAUUCCAGCUCAGUCGGCCAUACAAUUUUAUAAUGCAAGCUUGGUCCAUGUCUGCAGGAGAUGACCAGUUCCAAAACACCUAUGCCUUGGUUUCCAUGUAGACGUUUCCUGCCUCUGCGGACUCACGGAUGAUCUAAUGGUGGUCAGGGCCCGGUAUGCGCGAGAGGAGAAUGACUUCACACUAGCGCUACACAUGACUAACCGUGACCUGUCACGCCCGAUGCAUGUGCGGGGUUGGCUUAUGAGAAUGGUAGGCGAGGUGCGAACAGAAUACAGGUGUGAAAUAACACCCUUAUGAGCAUUUGUCCUCUCAAGGUAUGCAAUGGCACAGAGCACCAUGCAAUGCAUAUUCAUUGUUCAACUAUAGGAACUGCAAGGCACUUAGAUAAAAGCAUUUUAUGACCCGAUAAUAGAAUAUUGGGGCCGCUGAUGUUUGAAUAAAAUUGUCACCGAGUUUUUUGUUUA